GAAUGUACCAUUGAGGUUUGGCCAAGUUAAACCCUAAUAUUUUCAUAUACAUGAAAAGGAACUAAGAAGUAUGGAAGAUAGGCCCAAGCUGCUGAUACUAUACGCUACUCAAACCGGUAAUGCGUUGGACGCGGCGGAGCGUGUGGGCCGAGAAGCCGAGCGCCGGGGAUGCCCCGUCAAGCUUCUUUCUAUGGACGAAUACGACGUCGAGGGGGGCGCAUGGGAGAGGGGGAUGAUUGGAUAGAUGAGAUUGUAGCGUUCUUGUUUGGAAAUAAAGAGAAGAAGUGGAUGGAAAUGAAAUGCAGUGAAAGUGUGUUGCAACGCAUUGGUGGAGGCCAGGGAGAUACACCAGAUCCCAUGAAGGUCUUUUGGAGGUUUCUUCUGCAGAGAAAUUUAAGUAAGCAUUGGUUGGAAGGUGUACACUAUGCUGUGUUUGGCUUGGGAGAUUCUGGUUACCAGAAAUAUAAUUUUGCUGCUAAGAAGCUUGACAAAAGACUGGCAGAUCUUGGGGCAGUGCCCAUUGUUGAAAAAGGUUUGGGAGAUGAUCAGCACCCUUCAGGGUAUGAGGCUGCACUGGAUCCAUGGAUGUCAUCUCUAUGGAGUAUCUUGAACAAAAUCAAUCCUAAAUUCUUCCCACAAGGUCCAUAUUUGGCAAUUUCAGAUAUGAAAUUGAUUGAUCAACCAAAAGUUCAGAUCACGUAUCAUGGUGAUGACAAUGUGGAUUCGCAAUUUCCAACAAACCCAGAUUUAAAAUGGAUUGAGAUGCAAAUUGGGUGGGCUCGCUCAAUGUCUCCUGGAAAAUUUACUCAUGACAAGACUAGGCCUGGCUGCUUUCUGAAAAUGAUUAAAAAUCAACCGUUGACUAGAGCAGGAUGUGGCAAGGAUGUGCGCCACUUUGAGUUUGAAUUUGUUUCUUCUGCCAUUGAAUAUGUGGUUGGUGACAUCCUCGAGGUUCUCCCCGGUCAGAAUUCUGCUGCAGUGGAUGCUUUCAUACAGCGUUGUAGUUUGGACCCCGAUGCUUUGAUUACUGUUCAUCCUAGAGAGAAGGACAAUCACUUUCUUCGUACUUGUACAAGUGCCAAGGUCCCGAUAAAAUUAAAAACUUUCGUGGAAUUGACAAUGGAUGUUGCAUCAGCUUCUCCUCGUCGUUAUUUUUUUGAGGUCAUGAGUUAUUUUGCAACAGCUCCUCAUGAAAAGGAAAGACUUCAAUAUUUUGCUUCACCUGAAGGAAGAGAUGAUCUGUACCAAUACAACCAGAAGGAACGAAGAACUGUUCUUGAGGUAUUAGAGGACUUCCCAUCUGUGGAAAUUUCAUUUGAAUGGCUAGUGCAGUUGGUUCCUCCAUUAAAAACCAGAGCUUUCUCCAUAUCUUCGUCCCCUUCAGCUCACCCCAAUCAAGUGCACUUAACCGUCGAUGUAGUGUCAUGGACAACACCUUUUAAAAGAAAGCGAAGUGGUCUGUGCUCAAUGUGGCUAGCCAAACUUGAUCCUGAACAAAGCAUUUAUGUUCCUGCAUGGUUUCAGAAAGGUACCCUUCAUCCGCCGCCACCAUCACUUCCCCUCAUUCUUAUUGGACCUGGAACUGGUUGUGCACCUUUCCGUGGAUUUGUGGAGGAGAGAGCCAUACAAAGUGAAUCCAAUGCAACCGCUCCAGUUAUUUUCUUCUUUGGUUGCCGAAACGAGGAGAAUGACUUCCUAUACCGAGACUUUUGGUUGUCGCAUGCACAAGAUGGUGGGGUACUUUCAGAAGCUAAGGGUGGAGGUUUUUUCGUUGCUUUCUCAAGGGAUCAGCCGCAGAAGGUUUAUGUGCAGCAUAAGAUGCGGGAAAAUAGUCAGACAAUAUGGAAAUUGCUGAGCAAGGGAGCUGCUGUCUAUGUUGCAGGUUCAUCCACCAAAAUGCCUUCUGACGUGUUGUCUGCCUUUGAGGAUAUUGUAUCCAUGGAAGGUGGGCUUCCAAAGGAAUCUGCUGUGAGGUGGCUUAGGGCACUGGAAAAGGCUGGCAGCUACCAUGUUGAAGCUUGGUCUUGAGCCUGCUUUAUUCUAUAUGUUAUGGAAAAGUGAAAACACCUGUUUUGCAAUGGAUUAUCAUGGAUUGAAGUUCAGUGAAAUUUCUAACCGAUGUCGUUUGACCAAGUACACAACCAGAAGCGAUUUGGGUAGAGGAGAUUGGUCCUCGAGAAAGCAUCUGUAAUAGUUGUAGAAUAUUGUACGAUAAGCUUAUAGAUAAUUUCUGAACGUUUGAAUCAUGUUUUACUUUUAACCAAGGUUCUAAUUGUCAGUUAAAAACAGACAAGUUGGAAGAUUAUUUUAUUGCUGUCCAUGGUUCUCAGCGUA